CUCCGCCCAAUCCCGAGGCCGCGCGCCAGCCACCGCCUCCUCCACUCACCCACCAGACCCACCCCCCUCGGAAGAUGGCGCACGUGCUGAAAGUGGUCCGGUGUCUGUCAGCUGCGGUACGGCCUGCAGGGGCUUUCAUCAGACUGCAAACUCUUACUCCAAUAGUAAGGACUUUUUCAGGGUCACACCCUUUGUCUCAGAAUGUUCCAGGAACCUUGUGGAAUCUAGGUCGAUUAAAUCAUGUAGCAAUUGCAGUACCGGACUUGAAUGUGGCCAAGUCUUUUUAUAAGAAUAUGUUAGGGGCCCAGGUAAGUGAGGUGGUCCCUGUUCCUGAACAUGGUGUCUCUGUCGUUUUUGUGGAACUUGGAAAUACUAAGCUUGAAUUACUGCAUCCGUUGGGAAACCAAAGUCCAAUUGAAGGCUUUCUGCAGAAAAACAAGGCUGGAGGAAUGCAUCAUAUCUGCAUCGAGGUGGAUGAUAUAGAAGCAGCUGUGACAGAUUUAAAGCAAAAGAAGAUCCGUAUUCUGAGUGACAAGGCUAAAAUAGGCGCACAUGGCAAGCCAGUCAUUUUUCUUCAUCCUAAAGACUGUGGUGGUGUCCUUGUAGAACUUGAACAAGCGUGAUCUAAAGUUGGAAAAAUUUUUUAAUGCGAGAAUUUCCUAUGAAAUAUUACCUUGUAUGUGAUCCUUGUUCAAAUCCCAAGUUAUACCUUGACUUAAAAGUUCAAACAUCAAACUGACAGAGAAUUAAAAGGAUGAAAUAACAAAAACGUUAUUUAUUUUUACUUUUCCCUGAUCUAUGGGGUAACAUUGGUUAUUCAAACCUUUAAUACAAUUGUAAAAAUCAUGUUUAUGGAAAUAAAAUUAUCCAUAUCUUUAAAA